UUUUAUAGCAACUGUUGCCCAGUGAGGCAACGCCAUAGUCCCCGUAGUCCUGGCGACUGUAACCCACCAACAACAACCUCUCGCUCCAUCAUUACCACCUCCUCCACCAUCCUCAUCUUCAUCAACCAGUCCGCAGCUCAGGCGCCAUGCAGACCCCUGAAGCAGGCGCUGACUCCACCUCCACUGUCUCUCUCCAGACCACCGUGCCUGUCCAGCCUACCGGCUCCACCCAGCAGGUGCCUGUUCAGCAGCAGCAGGCGCAGACUGUUCAACAGGUUCAGCAUGUUUACCCAACACAGGUGCAGUAUGUGGAGGAAAAUAGUGGCGUCUACACCAACGGCAACAUAAGAACCUACACGUAUUCAGAGCCGCAGCUCUACAGCCAGAACAGUGGAGGGAGCUACUUUGACACACAGGGCAGCUCAUCGCAGGUGUCCACUGUGGUGACGUCUCAUGGCCUGACCAACAACGGAGGGGGGAGCACUGGAGGGAUGAGCAUGGGCAUGGCAGGGGGUCAGGUAAUCAGCAGCAGUUCUGGGGCCUACCUGAUGGACAACGCUGGACCCCAUCCUGCCACCCAGACAGCACGAGCCUCUCCAGCCACUAUUGAAAUGGCGAUUGAGACGCUCCAAAAAUCUGAGGGUUUAUCCAGUCAGAGAAGCUCGCUGCUCAACAGCCAUCUCCAAUGGCUGCUGGACAACUAUGAGACAGCAGAGGGAGUUAGUCUACCACGGUCCACCCUCUACAAUCAUUACUUGCGGCACUGCCAGGAGCAGAAACUAGACCCUGUAAAUGCAGCAUCUUUUGGCAAACUCAUUCGCUCCAUCUUCAUGGGACUCCGUACGAGGCGCCUCGGGACAAGAGGGAACUCAAAAUACCAUUACUACGGUAUACGAGUGAAACCAGACUCACCGCUCAACAGACUUCAAGAAGACAUGCAGUACAUGGCGCUCAGGCAGCAACCUGUUCAGCAGAAACAGAGGUUCAAGCCAGUGCAGAAGUUCGACAGUGGCUCCGGAGACAAUUACACAAGUGGGGGGCAGCACCAUCCUGGAGCGGCAGAGCAGACAGUCAUUGCACAGAGCCAGCACCACCAGCAGUUUCUAGAUGCAUCGCGGGCACUCCCUGACUUUAUAGAGCUGGACCUGGGACAGAGCAAUAUGGAGAACAUCAGUUCAGAGGAUGUGAAAGCUCUACAGUCCCUUUACAGAGAGCACUGUGAGGCUAUCUUGGAUGUUGUUGUCAACCUCCAGUUCAGUCUAAUUGAGAAGCUGUGGCAGACGUUCUGGCGUUAUUCUCCUCCUGACACAGUAGAGGGCGCCACCAUAACAGAAAACAGCAGCAUAAGCGAGAUCGAAGUUCGGCUCCCUCGAGCACAGCUUUUUGCGCUGUGCAGGAACGAGGCCGUUCUUAAGUGGAUGAGCACCUGUGACCAUUUAAUGUACCAGGCCCUUGUGGAGAUCCUGAUUCCUGAUGUCCUGAGACCCAUUCCCAGUGCCUUGACUCAAGCCAUUCGCAACUUUGCCAAAAGCCUGGAAGGUUGGCUUAGUAAUGCCAUGAAUGCCAUUCCACAGAGAAUGAUCCAGACCAAGAUUGCCGCUGUUAGUGCCUUUGCGCAAACGUUGCGCAGAUAUACAUCGUUGAACCACCUGGCUCAGGCGGCACGUGCUGUGUUGCAGAACACAUCCCAAAUCAACCAGAUGCUGAGUGAUCUCAACCGCGUUGACUUUGCCAACGUACAGGAGCAGGCGUCCUGGGUGUGCCAGUGCGAGGAGGGCGUGGUCCAGCACUUGGAGCAGGACUUCAAGGCCACCCUGCAGCAGCAGAGCUCUUUGGAGCAGUGGGCAGCCUGGCUGGACAACGUGGUCACCCAGGUGCUCAAGCCUUACGAGCACCGGCCCAGCUUCCCCAGGGCAGCUCGACAAUUCCUGCUGAAGUGGUCUUUCUACAGUUCUAUGGUGAUCAGAGACCUGACCCUGCGUAGUGCUGCCAGUUUCGGUUCCUUCCACCUGAUUCGCCUCCUGUAUGACGAAUACAUGUUCUACCUUGUGGAACACCGGGUGGCUCAGGCUACUGGAGAAACGCCCAUAGGAGUCAUGGGCGAGUUUGACAACCUCCACACCUUAUCCCUUGCUAGCAUUGAUAAAGAUGAAACUAGCGGGAUGGACAGUGACUUGGAAGAGGACACAGAGGACUCUGGAGAACCUCUCGCCAAGCGCGAGAAGCCGGAGCACGAGGUAAUCCAAGUGAUCCAGGUCGGGGCGCUCGAGGACGGGUCCCACCCUGUGGUGGGUGUCGUCCAGCACAGUGUCCUCCACUCGCUGCAGCAGCCCCUGCAGGACCACACUGAACACAUCUUAACGCCCUCUGCUGGGACUCCCACCAUCCGCCACUGCAGCACCACAGGCAACACCUAUGCCUCCGUUUGAGGGUCAAAGGGCACAGCUUCACCUUGUCUGCCUAGUUUUACCGUCUUACUUUCCACAUCUCUCCCUUUACGUCUAGAUGUCUGCAUCUUUUUACAUGCGUUGUCUCUGUUUGCGGUCUACCCCGCGUAGUGGGUGGAGGAGUGACACUCCGGCCAGGAUGUGCUCUGUCCUUGUCUGUUUGGAUUCUGGAUGUGUAGUCACCUUGUUCAGUCUGUGGAAGGGACCUGGAGGAAAAGGGACUCGAGUGCGCCGUUAAAUGUUUCCUCUUCAGACUUGACUUAAUGCUUCUGUCUGUCCACACAGACGGGUUUUAUUCCUUCAAACUGCUGAUGUCUCAGAGCUCAAAUCCAUGUCACUAGUCCCAGUAGAGCAAAAUGCAUUGAAUCACUCAAAAUCUCCACCUGUUGUACAUAGUUUUGCUGUUCUUUUCGAUCGACACUACUCCAAACUCAUGGUGCUAUCAUUGUGGUUUGUUUUUCAUGGAAUUUCUUUGUCUUUUCUGAUUUCUGUCUACACGCUGAUAGACUUCCGAUUGAGCGAGACGUUUCUGAGUAUUGUAUGUAGCUAGACAACAAAGGGUCAGUUUGUGGAUUCUAGAAAUGAUGGGGAAACGUCAGUUUGACAGUUAUAUGGUAGCCACUUGCACAAAAACACUUGCAUCUUUUAGUGAUAUUAGAAGAAGAAAAAAAAACUGUACUGCUGCUUUUGUGUAUACAGAUGAGAAUCGGGAUGAAAUGGGCGGGGGGAGCUUUUUUUAUGCACCGCGUGCAUAGUGCUUGCCUUUUAGAUGCUUCGUAAUGUGGUUUACGUGACGUGAUCUUGAAAGACUCUUGGCAGCCAUUUUCCCCUGCUUUUACAAGUUUCUCACUUCAUGAAAUUCCUUACGUUUGCAGUGGACCAAAAAUUCAACCAACAGAGGAGGCUAAGCGUGAGUCUCUCGAUGCCACACGGAUGCUGUUCCUUGUCCCACAGUGCCAUGUUGCGACGCAGAAUAAAAAACUAAAACUACAAAAAAAUCUAUAUAGAAUGUCAGGGAUUUAAUGUACCUCGGCUUUAUCAUAGUGCCUUAUCCUUAAAUGCAGCUCGUCCGCAUAGUCCUGACUGAGGUUGCCCAGCCGCAGAUUUGGUUUCUGGUGACUCGUGGCUGGAUUUGGGCUGGCUCAUCAGUUCUUUGUUGUUGUUGGGGGGGAUUUUUUGUUUGUUUUUUUACUUCUGAACCUAUCCGAGUAACAGUCACAGUUUUAGCCUUGUCCUGCCCUCGCUCUGCCUUCUCGAGGCCUAUUCUCGCAUUUAGCCUUUGUCAUCGGAUGAAGUGAGCGUGUGUCUGCGUGGGUGUGUGUCUUUGACUUUUUCUUGGGUCUGCGCUGUGCUUUUUAUGUGCUCAUAUGUCCUUCAUCUCGUGUGCUUGCGUGUGUGUGCGCGUGUGUGUAUGUGUUGGGAACACAUCCAUCAGUCACCCUACCUCAAACCGGUGGUGCCAACCCUUUGAUGCGUGCAGCACAGUCACCAAACCUUAAUGCACACACACCACUGUACUGCACAAAUCUCAACACGAAGAGAAAACCUGCAUUGCUUUUCUCUCACCUCUGAUGUACUUUGAUUUCAGUUUUUAGCCCAUAAAAUGUUUAACCCUUUGUUCCCUGUUUAGAGACCAUCUUUGUACAGUGGACCAAAAGUAGAUAUUUUCUAAUAUUCAGAGAUAUAAAUAUAUAUAUAUAGAUAUAUAUAUAUGUAUAGUAUAUAAAAUGAUGAUACACUACAUAUAUUUGUUGCUUUUUACGUGUUUGAUCCGAUUGUUAAGACGUGAAUGUUUCUUUUGGUAGCUCAUCUGUAAUUACUUCAUUGACUGUGAAAUAUGAACAGCGUGGGAACUACAGCGCCUUGCAAAAAUAUUCUCGCCUCCUUUCAGAUUUUGAAACCUUAAUACGACAUACUUCACUUUGUUUUCUGUUUGGACAUCUCCAAAACCUAAAUUGGUGCAUAAUUGUAGAUGGGGUGAAGUUUACAGAUCUGAUAAGUGUGGCCAGCAUUGUUAUCAAGCUGAUUUUUUUAUUUUUUUUGCUGCAUUUAGAGCUGCAUAUCUAUUGGGUUUUACUCUACCAGCUCUGACAAUCUUAAGACUGGAUUUUCGGCCCAUUCUUCUUUUCAGGUGUUUUCACACCUGUAGCUCGUUUACUUUGGUCCAAAUCACUUGAUGAGUUUAACUUUUAGAAGAAAAAAAAGCUCUAAACUUACAUUCAGUCUGUUUAUUGGUUGUAAGUGUUUAACCUAAAUGCAAAUACAAGAAGCAGUCACUGUGUUCUGAGCUGGUAAAAAUCAUUAGUGUGUUUCUGGCUACUAUUUCAUGCAAGAAUUAUCUGAACAGUAUGCAGAAUGAUUUUGAAUGUUGCAUGGCGGCUUUAUGCUUUACAAAAAAGACUCGUGGGUUUUGUUUGAGUUUUUUUACUCUGCAGCGUCCCAUAAUGUAAACCUGACUAUGAGAAGGCGUUUGGCUCAAUGUUGCAGCCAAAAGAUGGUAGCUGUGUCAAAUCCCAUUCACACCAUAAACAAACCGCCACAUCUACACAACUGGACCAGAGUUUGUCUUUAAACAAACUCACGUAUCAGCUGCAGGAUAUCAUUGAGGGGUAUCAGGGUGAACACACACAUUCUUGUGGGUCGUUUUAUCAUUUUCUUCCUACUUCAGUUAUGCACCUCUUUGUUUUAGUGGAUUACAUAAAAUUCCAAAUACAUAUGAAGAAGUUUGUGUUUGUAAUGCGACAAAAUGUGGAAUUGGUGUAAGAGGCAUAAAUACUUUUGCCAGGCAUUGUAUUGUGACCUUUGAAUCUUUAGACUACAACUAUACUUGAACUGUUCUACCUUCUACGUUGUGGGGAAUAUUGAGAUUAACCUCUAUGUGGAAUUUUUGUUUUGUUGCUAAACACAUUUUUGCCGUUUUCUAAAUGAUCGUCUGUAACAUUUCUCCACAAAAUGUUUAUUUAUUGAUAUUUAUUGCAUUUCUGUUUAAAGUGCUUAUGAGUACAAUGUAAUGGCAUCUGACGAUAAAUCAGAAAUUAUCCCACUGCAAAGUGCAAACCUACUGUACAGAAAGAGCAGAAAGUCGGUUGUUUUGUUUUAUUCUUUGUAUUCUCUGUAGGCUGAAUAUUUGUGUUAAAGAAAAGGGGGAAUAGCACUGUAUUUGCUGUAAUUACAAACCUUUGUCUUGCUAACAGUGCACAGGUGGCUUGACUUUUUUUUUGUUGUUGUUCUUGUGCAACUUAGAUGGGCCUCAACAUUGAAUAGGGUGGGAAAGUGCAAAUACAUUGUGUGAUUUACGUUAGCGAGUCAGCGGACUCGGCAGUGUUUUUGUUUGUUGGGGGAGUUUUGAAAAGGAAGCCAGGUUCUCACUCCGAUCGCGCUGUCUUGAAAUAUUUGACCAGAUCUAGAAACUGUCCACACUUAGAUCUGGCUUUUUAGUUUUAUUUGUUGGGGAUUGUUGAAAGUCUCGAAAAGACAAAUGAACUAUGCUUUGAAGGCCUUUUUUUUUUUCUUUCUUUCUAACCUUUUUGUACCCACUUUACUCUUUAAAAAACUGUUCAAGUUCAGGCAAUAACUGGAGACUGGCUUAAAAGAUGAGAAAAUUAAAAACUGUAAUGUUUAAUCUCCACAUUCUCUCAACUUACUGAAUUAAAGAAUACUACUCUAUUUAAAACUUUUAAAAAGGCCCUCAAUAUUGGUUUAAGUUAUAAAAACCUUCUUUUGUCUCUGACAUGGUUACAGUUCUUCUUUUGCUGUUCUUGAAUUAAUCUCAGCUUCCUUGUCAUAUAUUUUUACCAAACAAUGUGGAUCGUGAUUUUUAUAUUUAGUGCCUGAACGGUGUUUGUUUGUUUUGUUUCAAUCUCAGUUGUGUGCUCUUUAAAUUUGAAGUGCUUUCUGGUGGAGCUCAGCUGCUGGAUAUGCUGUUCUCACCAAUCUAACCGUCUCCGCCCCUUUUUCAUUUUCAAUCAGAUUACAGGUGCAUCUAAAAAAAAAAAUGUUGAAAAUUAUUGAAAAAUGUGUUUUUUAUUUACUAAAUGCAAAAAUUAAAACUCAUAGAUUCAUCAAACACUGAGAUAUUUCAAGCAUUUAUUUCUGUUAAUUUUCAUGUUUUAUCUUACGGCUAAAAACAGAAAAAUGAUAAUUUCUCAGAAAUCCUCCCUAGAUUCUCUGUAGGGUCCAGGCCAGGUCCGUUUGCUGACCAAUCGAGGGCAGCGACACCAUGCCCAUUAAAGCAGGUGUUAAAAUGUUUGGCAGUGUGGACAGAAACAAAAUUCUCCUGGAAAAUGGACUCUGUAUCUCCAUUAGGCUCUUUGACUUUGGACUAAACAAAAUAUAACACAUUAGCAGAGGACAUGGCUCCUCAAAUAAUCACUGAAAACUUUACGCUGAACUUCAAUUUCAAAGUGACAUUUAAAGUUUACAUAUUUCCUUUGAUAAAAGAGGGCUUUGGGCCACUGAUGGCUUAGGAAUGUGAGAGUUGUAGCCUGUUGUAUACCUUCUAUUACACUUUUUUCUUCCACUUAACUUUUCCACUUAGCUUAGUGACUCCACUCAGAAAAAGCCAGAUUCUUCAUGUGGUAUUCACCAUGAUUUUGGAAACCAUAGUUUAACGUUUCUGUAUUUAAAAUUCUUUCUUAAAGCAAUUGAUCUUAUGUACUAUUUCAAAUUUCAGAGAAACCGAAUUUUGUGUUUUCUUUGGCUGUAAGAUAUCACCGAAGUUAAUGGAAAUACAAUGCAUCAUUAUGUGUUUAUGCUUAAAUAAACUUUUGUUUUUCAUCUUCAUUUGUUAAAAAUGCACCUGUAUCGUUCUUGAACUGAAACCUGCCUGAUGUUAUUGCUGCCAGUGGUAUAGUGUUUGAUUUGUCGUUAGGAUAAACAAUCCGGUUCCAAAUCCCUACGCUUGAAAAGAAAUCCGGUAGAAUCUCCUCCACAUAAACGAAAUAACAGCUUCACUGAACCACAGAAAACUCCGGUGCCUUUCAUUUCGCCCCAGCUGCAGCAGAUGGCCUCGUUGGCCACUGCGUCCGAGGUUGGCCAGACUUGGUCUAAACAGCAGUCAUCACACUGGACAGGGGCUGCCAAUUAAAAAAAGACUGCAGAAACAUUAUGAACCUACAAACUUUGUUGAUGUAUAGAAGUGUUAAAAGCACCAGGAGAGUUUCCGUUUAGUACAAAAAAAAAAGGAAAAAAAAAAAACCCUCCUCUGAGACAUGUUUUCUUCUGAUUGUGAUUUCUUCUUUGUCCAAUGAUAUUUUCUGAAUGCUGUGACCUGUUUUUGAGAUUCGUUAGGUGCCAUUUGACAGUCUGGUGAGUCGUGGCCAUCUGUAGCACGCUGCUCGAUGCUGGGACAAGCGUCAAGCGGCGGCAUUUGGAGAAGCCUUUUAAUUCACCAAAAUGUGUAUAUCAAACUAAAAAGAGAAGUUCUAUUUAUUUGUUUCCUAAUUAUUUGUUUAUUUAGUGAAUAUUUUAUCGGAUAUGUUGACUUUAGUGCUUUUUGUGAUUACUUUCUCACCCUUUUUGGAUAAUGUAACAGUACCUGAUAUAAUAUAUACAAACUUCACGUGACUUUCUUUUUCUGUGUUGAGUUUGCUUCAUACAUGUAUAUUCUCAAAUUGGCAAGCGAACCAACGCGUGUUGUGUAUUUUACAGAAAAAAACGAGGACGAUUGGGGGACUUUUAUAUUUACAAGGACGUUAUCAUUUAGUGUGUCGUAUUAAUGAUGAUAGAAACUAUUAAGACACGUAGUUUUGUUUUCUGAAUAUUUCAGAUCUCAGCUCAGGCUAGCUUCUUAGUGUUGGUUUCCUUAAAAAUUUGUGAUUUGUCUUUGCAGUAAAUAAACGUUUUCUUGUUCA